CCAGGCUCCGCGAGGGUCGCGUCAAUAUGGCCGCGCAGGGCGGCUUCUCCACCCCUCUUUCCAAUGUGUCUCCGACGUCGGUGUCGCCGACAGGACUGCCGGUAACCCCGCCCUCGUCCCCUUCCUCGCGUUCGAAGUCUCCCCAGGAGUCGAAGGGGAGCUCCCCGAGCCUCCUGCCUCGCCGCUUGACCUGCCCCGAGGUCUCGUUGCCCCCAGCCGUGUUUUAUGGGCCUCUGGACGCUAAAAACCCGCUCCUGGCCUCGUUCGAGAAGGAGAUUCAGGAGUUGCUAGGCUUUUUGAAGAAAAAGAAGGCUUUAGCGACCCCGAAGGACAAGGUGCAUGAAUUCCACCGGCGUUGCGCCACUUCUUUGUUUAAUAUCUGGACCAAAUAUGCUCCCCGGCUGCCAGCUGACUAUUACAAUGAAAAGCUUCUGAAGGUUGGGGAUAAACUUUGUCAAAUGAAAGAAUACAAGUUGGCCCUUUUACAGUGCUAUGGACGAUAUCUUCAGCAGUUCAGUUCCAACUUUGAUGAGAAUAAAACAGAUGUGAAUCAAUUCAAAACUGUCUUUUUCCCAAAAGGCUUUGCAGACAAAACUGCUGCACUUACAUUUCAUGCUCUGAGCGGCAAAAGUAUUUGUAGCUACCAUCUGGUCUGUAACAGUGACGUAAACCUGCAGAAUAAAGAAUCUGUGAUCCAGUGUCUGCAUAUCUUGUCCUCCUUAAGACUUAUCAUGCAAGUGGCUCUGCCACAGGAGCACCUUUGCUGGAUUAUCUUCAAUGGUACCAUUUACAUUUACACUAUUUGCAGAAAACUGAUGAUCAUAGGUCAGUCUUCCAAGGCCUUAGAAUAUCUCCUGUGGGCCAGUGUAUGUAUGGAAUCCUCGGUACCGCUCCUGGCUGUCAGGUACUUGACAUGGAGAGCUACUCUUUACACCGCUGUUUGCCAGUGUUACUAUGAUUGCCAAGCUGGAAUUCACGGAGAGGCAUUUGCUCGGCGUGCAUUAGCUAAAAUUGAUGAGUUAAGACAACUGGAAUUAAUGAGUUCCUUACAAUCACAGGAAGAAUCCAGAAGCUAUUAUAGAGAGGCCACGAUAAAGAUGGCAGUGAUGAUCUUCAAACGAGGAGUAUUUGAAUCGAGAAGAAAAAACAAGUCUUUCUUUAGACCAAAGAUAAGAGUUAACAUAAGGGAAAUACAAACUUUGCCAUGGCCACGUACAGUGACAGAACGGUUGUUGGAUGAGAUGUUUGACAACAGUGCAUCUCGGUUUCUGGCUAUCUUGGAAGCUCUUUCUGAUUCAAAUAGGCGAAUACUGCAAACAGGACCUAUUGCUACAGAUGAAGUAGAGCUUCGUGAUGUUGUCUCAGAACUGUUUAUAGCGGGAAAAGAACUUCUAAUAAUUUCAAAUACUGGUGCAGAUGGAAGGCUUGAUUUUCCAAAAUCAUCUUUUUUGGAACUUAUUAUACAAAGAAAAAAUCUUAUUUCUGUGGAUGCUGCUGUGAAAUUUAUAAAAUUAGCUUUUACCUAUGAGGAAUGGAGUUUAUUUGAAUCUGUAGCUGUGCAGCUUAUUGACUUUUUUCAGAGGCAAGAUGAUCCAGAAUCUAAGACAGCCGAGAUGGAUUUAACUCUUCUUAUUGCAAUAGAACCUGUAAUCAAUGUGAAGAGAAACAAAGGUUUGAUCUUUCCUUUGGAAAACUAUAAAGAGGGACAAGCAGCUCAAGUUUAUGAAAAAAGAAUUGCUUUUCAUGAUUCUUGUAUGAAGACUGGUGGAUAUUCAGAAGAUAUUUUCCAUUUGGCAGCAACCUUGUAUUCCUGUGUCUGCUCCUCUCCACAGAAUAUUCAGCCUGAUAAAGAAAUAGUUGUAGACAUGAUAAUGUUGCUGUGGCAGAAAUGCAAAUUAGGACUUCAGCGGAUCACUAUGUCCAGAAAUGACUUUGUGAAAUUCACCCAGAAAAUCAGUACUAACAAAUGGAUUUAUCUUCUGUGGCAGAUAAGUGAAAUAAUUCAUUGCUAUAAAAUGGAAGACAUUGACAUUGUGGUGGUGGCAGAGAUCACAUUACGAUUAAGUGAAAUACUGGAGUCUUUAGGAAACCCAACAAGAAAAUUUAAAAAAUCUCUAGACAUACUUUUAAGAAAAGAGAGCAGUGACUAUAUUGUCACUCCAAAAGAUGGCCUUCCAAUAUUAAAGAAAAAACCUGAGGAACAGUUAUAUUUUGCUUAUGAACUUCUUGACAAAGUAAUUGGUGGAAUAAAUGUGAAUUGCAUGUUAGUUACUUUGCCAAAUGGAUCAUCGGUAAUUGACCACUGCUAUACCAAGUACAUCCAAGAUUUGGGUGGAGAUACUUACAAACCAGUCACAACAAAUAGUUUCAUGAUGGAUUUGCAUCUCGAACUAAUUCAAGCCCAGCACCGAAUAGCUGUUGUGCUUCUUGACCAAUUGAAAGUUUUGAGGACUCCAUCUGUGAGCAAAAAUAUUUCUACCAAAGAUCCUGAAAAGUUAAAAUCUGGAAGUAUUGCUUGUUUCACAGAAUUAAAUGUAAUGAAUAAAAUAAAGAAGAAUAAACUAUCUGAAGCAAUUUACUUGAUGCAGAAAGCUCUUUUAAUAUUUGAGAAAGAUGCAACUUCAACAUCUUCACAUAACUUUUUGAUGGAAGCAUACUCUUUAAUUGAGAAGACUGAAGCAGAACAAAAUGCCCUAUAUUCAUAUCAAAAAGAUUUGGAAACUUCAAAAAAAAAGAAGAGCAGAAUCCCUUCUCCACCAAUCUUGCUAUCCCGAACUCAUUGUUCUGUGACAUUCAAGCCUGCUCCAUUUAUUUCAGAUGUCAAGGUCUCCUGGUACUGCAUUUUGGGUUGCAAAGCAGAAGGAAGCUAUGGAAAAGUAAGGCUAAACAAUAAUCAUCUCCCAAACUCAGGAGAAGCGAUACCAGCUGAUGGUAAAAGCGUUUUUGAAGUGAAAGGUUUAGAAACCAAUGAAAAAUACAUAUUUGCAGUUGCUGCUUAUUCUUCUAAUGGGAAGCUUGUUGGUGAUGCUAUUGGGGAGACAACUAAGCCGAUUCUGGUUUAUCCACCUCUUUCUGCUGUUACUGCUCGGAUGUUCUUGACGCAGGUUGCCUAUCAGAUUGGUAACUAUGAAUUGACUAAGAGAGUUUUCUCACCAGUUUGGGAUUAUUUUGUUGCUUCACCGCUUCGUGUUGACCAAUCUGUUAUUUCUUUAAGCAAUAUAAUGACUGUUACACAGAGAAGAUUGCAUUCAGAUAUUUUGUCAGAGACUUCUUCAAUCCUUUUGUAUCUUUUCCUUAGAAAUAUUUUUGUAACAAGUGACAUUAAAAUUAAAGAAGAAAAUCUUUUCUGUGAUAAUAUUAAAGGCAAUGAAAUUUUCCCUUCUCAACAAGUUGCUAGACUAAUUGAAUGUGAGAGAGUAUUAGUGGCAUUGGAACUUAGCAAUUUCCUAAAUGAUUCCAGUUAUGCCCUUCAAGCUGUGACUCAGUGCUAUGGACUGCUUGCUCCUAUAAUCUAUCACAAUAUUGUUUUGGUACCUGUUGUACAGAUCUUGAUCAAGUGUGUAGUGGUUUUACAAGGACUACCAAAUAUUGACUACUCAAGGAAACAAACUGAGAGUUUUGAAAGUGUACAGCACAUGAUAGCUUGUUGUAUCUUCUACAUUACAAAGAUUCUGCGUUCAUGGAAGGAAUAUGAUCUUGCAGUAAUGAUUAUAAACUAUGGAAAAAAUAUGUUGAACAUCACACCAGGGUGCAAAUCUCUAUUUGGUGGUAAUGAACAAGAAGAAUCACCAGAAGAGGGUUCUCCUAAGAAGUUUUCAAAGACUAAGAAGCCGCAGCAGAUAUUAUUGCCUGAAAAAAUAAAUGAACAGCUGGUCUUGUUGGAGACACAUCUGCUCAGACUGACAAAGCAAUAUAUUUCAACUGAACUCUCAGGAUCAGAGGACCCUAUAUUUCUGUACCCUGUAGUUUUAAAUUGGGCAGUCAAAGGUGCUGUGAAGGAAGUUAUGAAAUUUAAGAACAGACCUAGAUUCCUGGAAUUCUUUACGCAAGUUAUGGUGAAAUGCAUGAAUGAUGAAAAGUUUCACCUUGUGUUGGAGAUAACAAUGCCUGUCAUUGACUUCUUGAGGAGGAGGAACGAGACCCUGCUUGGAAUAAAAAAAAUAAAACAUAAGGACAGUGCUUCAUUUAAAAAGCAGAACAAACCUACGAAGUUCAAAGCUGUAAUAUUGGAGAUUGCAAAAAGUUCAGAAAUGGCACCAAAAAGAAAAAGAAGAAAGGAAACUCUAAGAGAAUUUUUUUCCAAAAAUCCAUCUAUUUAUGAGUUGGUGGAACAGGAAAGAAAUAAGAGGAGUGACGUAAGAAAAAUAGCGUUUAGAUUCCUGGUGAAUAACUUUAACCCUCUAAUACUCAAUUAUAUUAAAAGAAAGAGGUUCCAUCAAAUGUUUCUUGAGGAGAUGCCCUGGAGAUCUCAAAUGAACCUGUAUCUGGCAAGUGCACAUUUCAACCUGCUUCUAAUAAAGUUAGGGGAGCAUACAAAGAUGAAAGCAGGCACUUCACAGACAAUGGUCAGUUUCCGAUCAUUUGAUCCUAAUAUGUUCUCACUGUAUAAUUCAGGAACAGUAUUACCAACAGAAAAAUUGACUGUAGAAAAUUAUAAAGCAAUGCUUGAUUUCCUUCUUUCAGCUAGAAAAAGAAAGGCCAACUUACCAUCAGAUGCUGAUGAAUUUUUAGCAUUUAGCAAUUCCAAAGUGAAUGAAGAAGGUAUUUUCAAGACAAAUACAGUUUAUGACUCAGAUUCUCAGUCAUGUCUUAGUGCUAAAGAAAAGGAUCAAAUACCACAUUUGGGUCUAUUGGAACAUUUUACGAAAAUAUUUGUAUAUUGCAGGAGAGCAAUGGUUCUUGCUCAUCGUGGUGGUUAUUGGACUCUGCUUCAGAACUGCUGUCGGGCCUUUUGGAACUUUACUCAAGAGCUACAAAUACUUCUUCAACAAGCAGUGGAUCUUUAUAGAUCAUUUCCUAUUAGCCAGGAUAGUUUCCUCUGUACCAUUGUUUUACCAUUCUAUUUAGGAGCAGAAUUACUUAUUGACAUGUUAAUAGAACUGCAAAAUAUCAAAUCUAUUAAGAUUAUUGAAGACAAAGGAGAGUUCAGUGUUCCAAGUUGUUAUGGAAAUAUUAAAAAUGAUGAUGGUGGUUCUAGCCUUAAUUUUGAGAAUCCUUUGGAUGAUGUAAAUGUGGUUGAUCUGAAAUGGAUCCAUGACUUUGUAUUAAAAUCUCUGGAAGUUUUAUAUCAAGUGGAAAAAUGGGAAACACUGGUAUCUCUUGCCAUUCAGUUCAAUGAAAUUUCACAUGAGAGGUACACAGAGCAAGUGACACCUCUCCUGGUGUAUGCUCAACGUCAGCUUCUUCUAAGAAUACAGAAGUUCAAGGGCCCAGAUAUUUCCCAACAACCUUGUGCAAGGUAUGAGGCUGAUAAUGAAGAGAAGAUAACAUGCCGAAAUUUCAUUGGGAAGCAGCUCAAGAUUAAUCCUCUAACCAAUACAUUGACAAAUCUGGGAUACUGUACAGAUUUCUUAAAAAAGCUGAUCCUUUCAGAAUACAGCCGUGCCAAAGAACUCGUCUGUGUGCCUGUGGAUGUGGAAAACUCUUUGCAAUGUUUUAGAGAGACCUUAGAAAAAUCCAAAUAUCACAACAGAUCAAUUCGACACAGCAGAAAGUUGCUUUCAUUAUUUCUUGCACAGACACAAGGAGACAGAGGAGGAAUAAACAAUUCAAAAUUUAUUUCUGGAAGGGUGGACUUUUGCCUGGGAACUGAGGAGAUGCAUUUGCCAACACCCCCUGACCUUUCUCAGGAGCACUUCCGAGUUUUUAGCUCGGUGGAGAAAAGCAAACUUCCUUAUUCACAACUUGGACUUGUAAUUUCUUCUUAUUAUAAAACUAUUGAUGUUCUCCAAGCCAGCAAUCAAAGAAGUCUCAAAGUUCAGGCAUUGCAUGAACUUGGAAGUCUGCUUGUCUUUGCAGAAAAGAAAAGGGCUGCUUUUAAGUGUUGGUGUCAAGCCCUUGAUGACAUAUUCAGAAAAGAAGAUGCUCUACAUACAUGGAAGGAGUUUGGCCCUUCCCUCACUAAUACUGCUGACAGUUACUCACCUCCAGGUUCCAAAGACUACAGUGAGGAAUUUCUGUCUAACGUUGGUAUUUGGGGAUGUUUGCAAGGAGCAGUCAUAUCAGCAAAGAUAGCACAAUUCAUUAAAACAUUGGAUGUUAAAAAGAGAACCAACUGUUGCAUUUUGUCUGCAUUACUCUUUCAGGGUUUGCUUAGAACUACCCUCCCACAUCCCAAAACUCAACGUUGUUAUGCUCAGUAUGAAAUUACUCAGCUUCUCCCAGGCAUCGAACUCUUCUCAGAUAGAUAUAGAGCUGACAUUUGCUCUGUAGUUGCAAGUCUGUAUUAUGUUAUACGUGAACUGCAUUUUGCUAAGCAAAAUCUAAUGGUUCUGCCUCUCCUUGCAUUAUACCAAUACUUUGUUUCUGGGAUUUGCCAAGAUCUAGUCAGAAGCCUAGAAGCAAGAAUCCUCAAGAUUGAAGUCCUUAUAGAUUUAGGGUUCUUUUCUGAAGCCUUUUAUGAGAUGUCCCAGAUUUUUUAUGGAAAAAACAUACCUUCCACAAUACCUGCUGGCUGUAAAGCUCCUGGAAAAAUAAAGAUAUUUCAAUCAUUUGACUCAGGAAAACCUCUUCAUAGCAAAGAAAAUUUACAGGCAAUUGAUGAAUUAAUAAAUAGAGGCUUGCCUCUAAUUCUGGUUACGAUUGGUCAGCAACAUCUCUUAAACAAGUUUUGUUUGGUCAAUACAUAUUUUUUCAUAAGCAUGGCUGCAACAAUAAAUUGUGUCCCAGAAAAUACCUUGAAAUCAUCCCCCCAUGGAGUUGUUUCAGAAAGGAGCAAAGCAAACCCCCUAAAUGUAAAAGAACUACAGUUAAAGGAUGAUGGAAGCUCAAAUUCUCAUCUUACAAAAAUGAAAGAUGAGUUUACGCUUAACACGCUAAAGUCAGUUUUACUGAUGGAAGCUGAAGACAAGAUAAACCUCCUUGUGUCAGAGAUGGAGUGUUCGGGCCAAAAGAACCUCUCCCAGUGUUCUGCUGGUGAGCUGGAGGUUGUAGUGGAGGCCAGGCUUCAGCUGGCUGCAGUUGCCCUGCAGAGGCACCAGGCAGCCUACAGUGCUGCAAUAGUGUUUUCCACACUUAAACUUCUCCAGGAUUCAAAACUUUUUAAGAAGAAGGUAACACAGGAUGAUGCAGAGAAUUGUACUUCUCCAGGAGUUUCUCCAGGAAAUUCUGCCACUGAAAAUAAAGAUGAUGAGUUUUUAGAUCCUAUUUCCCUAAAUUCCCGAGAAUAUUUCAACAUUCAUCUGUGGUUGAGGUGCCGCUUAGCAUUGGUGACUGCAUUUGUCACACAAAUUCGUGGCGUUGGAAUCGUGAAAGAAAAUGAUAUGACAGACUGUGCGAGCCUCAUCAAUGAAGUGUGUGUGGAGGCAAAAAAUGCAGGUGACACAGAGCUACAGGCUGAAUUCUUGAUGCAAUCUGUAAUCCUUGGCCUGCAAGAAAAACAUUUAAAGGCAGACAUCAUAACAAAUCUUCAGGAGAUAAUGCAUUUGCUCGAAGGAAAUCAGUUUAUUUCUCCUAGAUCUUAUUUAACCCUGGUAAGAAGCAUACUUUUGCUGGAUGACUUAACAAAAGCUGAUAAAUUCAAAGAAUCUCCUUCUUCCAAAAUAGAUAAAUUAAGUUUGUUGACUCAAGCUCACAACAUUCUUAUUGAACAGAUGCUAACUUUUGGAGAAACAAUUGAAUUUCCUUUAUCAAACACUAAAUAUGCAAAUCCACUACAGCCUUUGAAAAAUAUCUAUCUUCCUCAUGUCAUGUUAUUGGCCAAAAUAAAAAUGAGAAUUGCUGUUUUUCUUUUAGGACAUACAGUGGCAAAGCAAAUAUAUUAUACCAUUAAAAAGAAGGACUCCUCAAAGUGGUUACCUGCUCUGCACCUCUUUGAAAUGGCAUUGGAGCUUUGUAAGUUAUCAGCAACAGAAGAGCAUGAGGUGGAAGCUGAAAUUCUUUUUCUAAAAGGCAAAGUAGAACGUCAAAUAUUGACGGAAAAGAAGUCUCCGAGCUCACAACUUGAGAGUUUAUUUGAUGCUAUACAGCUAAGCCUGAGAAAUGAUCAAAACUCAGGGUUGAUAAGAGACUCCUACCUAGAAAUGGCCCUAUUAUAUUUUUAUCUGAGGAAGUCACAGUGCAAAUCUUCAACAAUAUCACUACCAUCGAAGGUUACUUCCAGAAAGCAGAGUUCUAUUAAAGAAACAAUAGUAAAUACAUCUGAAAUGUACAGUUCGUUGGCCUGGAUUGCAAUAAGAGCUGCCUCACAGGUCAGUGAAGCCGUGCUAACAAUUAACCUACUCAUCGGGAAGAAGAAUGCUAGGAUUGAUAAAGUUAACCAGAUGGUGUUACCAAAUAUCCCAGAAUUUGCUGCUGUGGAUCUUUUGUCUUCAUAUACAGAUUAUUUGCUGGAUGACUACCAAGUUGCCUUCCAGACUGGUUGUACAUUUUCAUACCAAAAUGAUGACAUGUGUGAGAAUACAGAUGCUAAAAAAACGACUCAGACCAAAGUGGAUAUUACAUGGAUCCUUCUACUGCGCUACUAUAUUCACCUGCAGAGAAUUAAUAAUAUGAGCAAACUGUUAGCAUCUGCAAAGCCAGGAUCUGGAAUUUCUUUGCCGGAUGAUACACUCCUCACUUCCCUUUUCAACUCUGGAUUGAUUUUGCGCCAAAGAGAAAUGCAUUUUUUCCUUAAAAAGUUCUUACAGCUGUAUUCUUCCUCUUGCAUUGAAAAAUUCCCCAAAGAACUUUUUCAAGGAUUGGAAAACCCACCUCUUUCAGAAAAAGUCUUACAUGACUCAUCAACCAAGUUAAGUCAUGAGGGUUCUCUACACUCUGAGUUAUCUUUAAAGCUCAUUGCCAGCACCUCUUGUACAGAUGACAUGUCACCAGAUACGGCAAUACAAGCUUUAAACAAAGAACUUUGCUUUCAGUGGUACAUUCCACCCCUGGAAAGACCGCCAACAGAAACAGAACCUAUGGUUUUAUUGUUGUAUGCAUAUAACUUGAAGCCUGUGAAGAUUUCAGAUGUUACGUAUCCCAAUUCUACCAGUUUAUUUGUUGGUUCUUCCUGGGUUUCACUGAACAGAGUUAUUUCAAUUCAUCAGGAAUUAUCUAAUCUGGUGCAAAUAGCUGAAAUAUCAUUACCAGCAAUUCCCGAAAUUCCUUCAGAUGAAAAUAUAAUUGAAAUAGAAGAGAAAUCUGUUGAUAAAGAAAUGGAAGACAUGAUUAUUGAAUGCUGCUGUGAAAUAGUAUCUCUAUUUUUGACGGAUGGAGAGUCAGUGCCACUAUCUGAGGUUCCAUUUGCUAUCUCGCUGCCAUCUAUAUUGAAUCUUGAGAGACUUUUUGAUCUUCCUAAUGGCUGUAUCAUACCAGGAGGAAGCCUUUUCAAUUGGAUAGUGUCGAUUAUUCCAUGAACAUUCUUCAUAUGAGAUAAAGAAUACUGAGAAGUAAAUCAAGAGCAUGACUUUGGAAUGAGGAAUUUUUCAUUAAUAUCUUUCAGCCUUUGGAGAUUUGGUGAGAAGAAAUAGGCAUGAUUUAAUAUCUUGCUUGCACAGAAGGCUCCAAUUCAGACUUGGAUCUCACCCCAUUUGAUCAUUUAGGAUGUUUCUAAAUAUUCCAGAUGUUGCUCUGAGUUUUUGCUUUUGCUUACCUGGUCUUCUGUAGCUUCAAGGAUGUCUUAGCUCAUGCUAGGGCAGUUUUCUUUCUUUUAGUUACCUACAGAUCUGUAUAUCUCUCCUGCUUACCCUCAGUUUGACCAGUUGAUCUAUUUCCAUAUCAAGUUGCUUUGACGUGUCUCUCUCUCUUUCCCCUAUAUUUUGAAAAGAAUAAAUUUUCAAGUAAAUG